UCCGCCUCCUGGGAGGGUUGAGUAGGGCCGGCCGCCCGAGUUGCUGGUGUCUUUUUGGAGCUAGAGACCCUUCCAACCAUUCUGCACCAGGACAUUUGGUCACCUAGUAGCACCUGUUGCAGGUGACAGGUUGCUUUGAAGAAAGAGGAGGAGACUAAAUACAUCAUGUCGGAGUUACUUGACCUCUCUUUUCUGUCUGAGAUGGAAAGAGAUUUGAUCCUCGGUGUUCUGCAGAGGGAUGAAGAACUCAGAAAGGCAGAUGAGAAAAGGAUUCGGCGACUGAAGAAUGAGCUCCUGGAGAUCAAAAGAAAAGGGGCCAAAAGGGGCAGCCAACACUACAGUGAUCGAACCUGUGCCAGGUGCCAGGAGGGCCUGGGCCGCUUAAUUCCCAAAAGCAGCACUUGUGUGGGCUGUAAUCAUUUAGUGUGCCGAGAAUGCAGGGUUCUGGAAAGCAAUGGCUCCUGGAGGUGCAAGGUGUGCGCCAAGGAGAUAGAGCUAAAGAAAGCAACUGGAGAUUGGUUUUACGACCAGAAAGUAAAUCGCUUUGAUUGCCGAACAGGAAGUGAGCUAAUCAGGAUGUCCCUGCGCCGUAAGCCCACAGUGAAUAAAAGAGAGACAGCAGGGCAGUCCCUCCUUCAGCAGACACAGAUGGGUGAUGUCUGGCCAGGAAGAAGGAUCAUUCAAGAACAACAACAGAGGGAACAAAGUGUGCUGUUUGAAGUGCCAAAGCUGAAAAGUGGGAAGAGCGCCCUGGAGGCUGAGAGCGAGAGUCUGGAUAGCUACACCGCAGACUCAGACAGCACCUCCAGGAGAGAUUCUCUGGAUAAAUCUGGACUCUUCCCAGAAUGGAAGAAGAUGUCAGCUCCCAAAUCUCAAAUUGAAAAGGAAAUUCCACCAGUGAACCAAAAUGCCGUCUGUGGUGAUGAAGGCGAUAUGGUAUUCAAGAAGAACACCAGAAAAGUCCUGAGGCCCUCAGAAUACACUAAAUCUGUGAUAGACCUUCGCCCAGAAGAUGUGGCUCAAGAAAGUGGCAUCUUGGGAGACAGAAGCAAAUCUGUACCUGGCCUCAGUGUGGAUAUAGAAGAAGAGGAGGAGGAGGAAGAAGAGGACAUUGACCACCUGGUGAAGUUGCAUCGCCAGAAACUGGCCAGAGGCAGCAUGCAGAGUGGCUCCUCCAUGAGUACCCUUGGCAGCAUUAUGAGUAUCUAUAGCGAAGCUGGUGACUUUGGGAACAUCUCUGUGACUGGCAAGAUUGCCUUUUCACUGAAGUUUGAGCAGAAAACACAGACUCUGGUCAUCCAUGUCAAGGAGUGCCACCAGCUGGCCUAUGCUGAUGAAGCAAAGAAGCGUUCUAACCCCUAUGUGAAGACUUAUCUUCUGCCUGACAAGUCCCGCCAAGGAAAAAGAAAAACCAGCAUCAAGCGGGACACCAUCAAUCCGCUAUAUGAUGAGAUCUUUCGGUAUGAGAUUUCGGAAUCUCUUCUGGCUCAGAGGACUUUGCAGUUUUCCGUUUGGCAUCAUGGUCGUUUUGGCAGAAACACUUUUCUUGGAGAGGCCGAGGUCCACAUGGACUCUUGGAAGCUGGAUAAGAAGCUGGAUCAUUGCCUCCCUUUGCAUGGAAAGAUCAGUACUGAAUCCUUGCCUGGUUUGCCAGCACACAAAGGCGAGUUGGUGGUUUCAUUGAAAUACAUCCCAGCCUCCAAACUCCCUGUUGGAGGUGACCGGAAAAAGAAAACAGAUCAGCAAGUGUUCAGACAGAGGGCAAAGGAUCAGUUGGGGAAAGGCAUAUUCACAAUGGUAGGUAAAGGUGGGGAAGGGGGAGAACUCCAGGUGUGGAUCAAAGAAGCCAAGAACCUGACGGCUGCCAAAUCAGGAGGGACUUCAGACAGCUUUGUCAAGGGAUACCUCCUUCCCAUGAGGAACAAGGCCAGUAAGCGUAAAACUCCUGUGAUGAAGAAGACCCUGAAUCCCCACUACAACCAUACAUUUGUCUACAAUGGUGUGAGGCUGGAAGAUCUACAACACAUGUGCCUGGAACUGACUGUAUGGGACCGGGAGCCCCUGGCCAGCAAUGACUUCCUGGGAGGGGUCAGACUGGGUGUUGGCACUGGGAUCAGUAAUGGCGAAGUGGUGGACUGGAUGGAUUCGACUGGUGAAGAAGUAAGCCUGUGGCAGAAGAUGCGACAGUACCCAGGGUCUUGGGCAGAAGGAACUCUGCAGCUACGUUCUUCAAUGGUCAAGCAGAAGCUGGGUGUAUGAGUUCCUAUCCUCAUCUGCAGGUGCAGCCCUGGUCAGUCCGAGUCAAAAGAAAGCAAAGCAACCACAAAGAAAGAUUUCUAAUUUAAUGUCUGUGUGUGUGUGUGUGUGUGUGUGUGUGUGUGUGUGUGUAAACAUGUAUUUCUGCAGAUCUUAUUUUGUUAGCUAGUAUGACACAGGCUUAUUCCUUCUGUUAAAGCAGGCCAAGAAUAAGGGCCUUUUCAAAUGGUUUUUAUUUAUAUAUAGUCUAGUAUAUUUUCUGAGUACAUAGUUGGCUCUUUCUUUGGUUUAAUUAACUUUAAAAACUAUAUUGCAAGGAUAUAGCCUCUCUACCUUCUAUCUUGCUAUGUUUGCUCACAGUUUGGCUGGAAGUGUGGCUGCUUUUGGCACUAGUUCUAGUUUGUGGGUCUAGGUGUGCCUGAUCAAAGGCCGAAGCUCUUGGAAGCAAGGUUUAGUUGUUCAAGAUAUUAUUAGACUAUGAGAGAGGGGUGAACAGCCAGUCCUUCCUCUCUAAUUUGUAUUUUAUCUCAUCAUCUACCUUGAUACACUUCUAGAACUUACCUUUUAACUUCUUCUGUUUUAAGCAAUUUUCACCUUGCUUGAGUAUAGUGCUUUUCUUUGAAAUGCAAUGAAAAUACCCCAGCUCCUUCUGAGACCUUUGGGGAGCCCUUAUAAUAGAGUCACUUUAGAAAAAUCACUUUAAUUAGAUAAUGGCCUUUUCACUGAGACAUUAACAUGUCCCAUGAGACCUACUAGCUGAUCCCACAAGGUCCAAGUGACUCUGAAUAAAGUUUUUCAAAGCCUAUGCUAAGUUCUCUUUUGUAAACUGUUACAACAGUUGUUGGAGAGAGAUAUCCUUGUUUUCCUCAUGGAAGAUGAGGCAUGUUCACUCUCAUGUAUUAUAGCUUUCUCUAAGUUUGUGUCUGGGAUGUGCUGCUACAUCCAACAUAGUCUGUAUACCUCUGUUUCAGCUGCAAGAGCCAAAGACUGUCUAAACUGACACAGUGCUCCCCCAGGUUGGGGAUUAUUACUGUCCCACGAAUAUGGGCAUAAAAUCACCCAGCUCUUCUAACUUUUCACCCAAUCUACUUUCAGUUCCUAUCUCUGGUUGUUUCCUAAACUUGACCUAGGUGUAACAUGGGAGUAGCGUGUGUUGAGACUUCAAAGAGGCUUUAGUGAGCUUUCAUUUCCUGCUACUCAUUCUUCUGAACUGGACUUUUCAUUCAUAGCAGUCUGUCUAUAAAAAGGUGCGUGUGGAAGGUGUUUGGAGCAGAGAAGAAAUGCCUGUCAGUGGAGCCAGCUGCAAGUUGGCAUUCCUGUAAGGUCACAGGAUUGCAGGCAGCUAGAGGGGUUAUGAGUAUGGGUGUACAUUGUGUAGAAUGCUUUUCAAAGAUCCCUUCACUGUGGCUUGAUCCUGUAAUGGAAACAUACCUGAGAGUCCAGGCUCAGACUUGUUCUUGUGUAUUCUGCUUUACGAUGCAUGUGUGUUUCAAUAAAGCAUUCUCACCUGA